GAGUCCAGGAGAGCCCAGCUUCGGGGUUUUUUCUUCUCUCUCUUGUUCCUCCCCGUAUUUUCUUCUUAGGUCUGUCUAUGCUGGUUCUCGUCUUGACUGAAAAACCCUAGUAUGUGAAUUCGUUUAGCAUCCUAAAGUCCUCAAAGCAAAAAGUCAUAAUUCAACAGCAUCCAGCGACGCUAGGGUUUUCCGCCUGUCUCGAUCACUGAAUUCUGAGGAUCUUUUUUGAAUUAAGUGUCUAGGCUCACUUCGGCGUCUAAAUUCAGGUUCAGGAUUGGUUUGAUUUUAUUGUGAAAGCUCUGGAUUAGUUUAAUUAAAGAACAUGAGUGCCCAGAAGAAGAGGGGCUUCCAAAUAGAGGCGUUUAAGCACCGGGUUGUGGUGGAUCCAAAAUAUGCAGAUAAGACGUGGAAGGUUUUGGAGCAUGCAAUUCAUGAGAUUUACAAUCAUAAUGCUAGUGGACUUAGUUUUGAAGAGCUUUAUAGGAAUGCUUAUAACAUGGUGCUUCAUAAAUUUGGGGAGAAGUUGUACUCAGGACUUGCUAUGACUAUGACUUAUCAUCUUAAAGAGAUAUCUAAAUCGCUUGAAGCUUCUCAAGGAGAGAUCUUCUUGGAAGAGGUCAAUAGAAAGUGGGCAGAUCACAACAAGGCUUUGCAAAUGAUUCGAGACAUACUGAUGUACAUGGAUAGAACAUUCAUACCGAGUACCCAUAAAACACCAGUUCAUGAGCUUGGGUUGAAUCUUUGGAGGGAUGUUGUGAUUCACUCUAGCAAAGCUCAAGCAAGGCUCCGGGAUACACUUCUCGAUCUUAUACUUAGAGAAAGGAAUGGUGAGGUAAUAAAUAGGGGCCUGAUGAGAAACAUUACAAAGAUGCUAAUGGAUUUGGGUUACUCUGUUUACCAGGAUGACUUUGAGAAGCACUUUCUUGAAGUUUCUGCUGAUUUUUACUGUCUUGAGUCCCAGAAGUUCAUUGAAUCGUGUGAUUGUGGAGAUUAUCUUAAGAAAGCCGAGAGACGUUUAAAUGAAGAAAUUGAGAGAGUGUCUCACUACUUGGAUUCUUCUAGUGAGUCAAAGAUUACCAAUGUGGUAGAGAAGGAGAUGAUUGAAAGUCAUAUGCUUACUCUAGUUCAUAUGGAGAACUCUGGCCUUGUGAACAUGCUUGUGGAUGACAAAUAUGAGGACUUGGGAAGAAUGUAUAACUUGUUUCACAGGGUGCCUGCUGGGCUCUCUAUUGUCAAAGAGGUCAUGACUUCAUAUAUACGUGAUACAGGUAAGCAGCUCGUUACAGAUCCAGACAGGUUAAGGGAUCCUGUAGAUUUUGUGCAGCGACUCUUGGAUUUGAAAGAUAAAUAUGACAAGAUUAUCGCUUUGGCUUUCCACAAUGACAAGACAUUUCAGAAUGCCUUGAAUUCUUCUUUUGAAUAUUUCAUCAAUUUGAAUGUUCGAUCACCAGAGUUCAUUUCUUUGUUUGUGGAUGAUAAACUUCGCAGAGGGUUGAAGGGGGUUGGUGAGGAGGAUGUGGAGGUUGUGCUGGACAAAGUCAUGAUGCUUUUCCGGUACCUACAAGAGAAGGAUGUAUUUGAGAAAUAUUACAAGCAACAUCUUGCCAAAAGGCUGCUCUCUGGGAAAACUGUAUCUGAUGAUGCUGAAAGAAGUUUAAUUGUUAAGCUCAAGACAGAGUGUGGAUAUCAAUUUACUUCUAAGUUAGAAGGCAUGUUUACCGAUAUGAAGACCUCUGAGGAUACAAUCCAAGGUUUCUAUGCGUGCCAUGGUGCUGAGACUGGGGAUAGCCCUACGCUCUCUGUCCAUGUGCUCACAACAGGUUCGUGGCCAACUCAGCCCAGUCCUCAAUGCAAUCUUCCUGUAGAAAUCUUGGGUGUGUGUGAGAAGUUUCGCAGUUAUUAUCUCGGGACCCACAAUGGUAGGAGGUUGUCCUGGCAAACAAAUAUGGGCACAGCUGAUUUGAAAGCAACAUUUAAGGGCCAGAAGCAUGAGUUGAAUGUUUCCACAUACCAGAUGUGUGUACUCAUGCUCUUUAACAAUGCUGAUGGAUUGACUUGCAAGGAGAUAGAGCAGGCCACACGGAUACCCUUGUCAGAUUUGAAAAGGUGCCUUCAGUCUUUGGCAUGUGUCAAAGGAAAGAAUGUGCUUCGGAAGGAGCCCAUGAGUAAGGACAUAGCUGAGGAUGAUGCAUUCUUCUUCAAUGACAAGUUCACAAGCAAGUUCAUCAAGGUGAAGAUAGGUACUGUUGUUGCACAGAGGGAAUCUGAGCCAGAAAACAUAGAAACUCGGCAGAGAGUUGAAGAAGACAGGAAGCCACAGAUUGAGGCAGCAAUUGUCAGGAUUAUGAAAGCAAGGCGGACUCUAGAUCACAAUAAUAUAGUUACUGAGGUCACAAAGCAGCUGCAGUCACGGUUUUUGCCUAAUCCCGUUGUCAUUAAAAAGCGAAUUGAAUCUCUUAUUGAGCGUGAGUUCUUGGAGAGGGAUAAAUUGGACAGAAAACUGUAUCGCUAUCUUGCUUGAAGCCUUGAGCAGUUUGUGUUGCCCCAUGAGUUGAAGAGUCCAGUUCAUGAAUUGCCGCAAGCUUUAGUUGGUUUCAAUGAACUGUGCCCGUGUCGAUCACUUUUUUCUUUUUUCUUAAUAGUAGGAGGGCUUGCUGGGAACUGUUACGAAGAUUUGGCUUCUGCCUCCAAUUUUAGAAACAUUUAACUCAUUUAUCUGUGACUCGAGCUUGUGGAUUCAAACAAAUGCUUGCACCUUUAUGAGUCACUUCUACACAGGCGUCAAACUCAAGAUCCAUCUCCAGUUUCUCAAAAUAAACGGUUUUUGGAUAAUUUUGGAUUUCCAAUCAUCA